UGAAUUUAUCGAUAGUUAUCGAUAGUUUUCGAUAUUUCAACAACUCUAGUUUUCGGAAUCAGAUUCAGAAACGUGCAGAUGAUAUUCUAGCUUACGUCCGAUUAUUCGCGUAUAGGUAUUCGUUCGCGGGAAUUUUUUUUUCGUCGACGAUUUUACAGAGAAGCUGCGAUGCAAGAAAUUUGAAGAGUGGCGCUGAAAAUGCAUUUUAAAAAACCCAUCAAGUUACCGCCAUGACGUUGUCUUCAAACAGAGAUCUAUACAAUUUUAAAUGCCAAAUUUAAGAAAAUAGAAAAAUUCCAACUCACUGCCCAUGUACAGAAUAUGCUACCUGUUAUCGCAGAAAUAUAUCAUUCGAAUACUAAUUAGCGUAUUAGGAAAUGUGAUAGCGUUAUUGCUCAGUGCACCGUUUACAAUUUUGUUAUUGAUAUUGCAUUUUGUUCAUUUUGUAUUUAAAUGGACUAUUUUAAUAAUACAAAACCGCUCCAGGGAUUCGGAGUAUUUUGGCGUCGUAAAGAGAAUUUUGAAAGGAGCAGACUGCGGUUGGCUAGAGGAACGAUGGCAGGAAUCUGUAUUACAAGCAGUGCUAGUAUUCGAUUCGAAGAUAAACGUGCGCAGAAUUCAAGAAUUGAUAACCACCCGUGUGAUACCUUUAUACCCCAGAUUAACUUAUAGAAUAUGCCCUUUACCAUUCACCGCCGGUUCUGUGCAUUGCUGGUUACCAGAUCAUAACUACGAUAUCAAUCGACAUGUCUUUACGGAUCACGUUGACCUUUCCAACGAUCAAUUACAGAAUUACGUGAGUAAACUGAUAAGCAAGAAAUUACCAACAGAUAAAUCUCCCUGGGAAUUACGAGUCCUUUCACAAUCAAUAGAUUGCUCAUCAACGGAUACAAUUAUAAUACUUCGCGUGCAUCAAAGUUUGGCUGAUGGAAUGACAUUAAUUAAAAUAUUAUGCACAAAAUUAGCUGAUACUAGAGCUUCUUAUACUGUCUUUAAGAGUCGUUUUAAAUUUACAUAUUAUUUAAGAUUAAUUCAAGCUUUCUGUAUCGGACCAGCGUUAAUUUUUUAUAAAUUAUUCGCCAUGUAUAAGAGAAGCAAAACUUCCCACGACAAAAAUGAAGAAGACUGUUCUGUGAAUUGGUCGACUAGUGUGUCCAUUUGUAAAAUAGACAGGAUAAAACAAGUCACGCGUAGUUCAUACAACUGUGUAUUUCUUACUGCAGUUACUGGUGGAUUGCGUUACGUAUUGCAGGAUUCUGGAAUAAAACAUCCUCCAGAUUUGAAAAUAACGCUUCCUUUUGUGACUGGAAAGAGUCAAAAAUUCAUUCCAGUAUCAACUCAUAUUCCAAUUAGCAUGGAAGGAGCUAUACCAAGGCUCUGGAAAACCAAACAUCAAUUAAAAUCUCUUAGCAGCUCUCUAGACUUACUUCUAACUUCUUUUGUGAUUUAUGUUCUAAUGCCUUUAUGUCCGGCCAUUUAUAUACCAUAUUUGAACAAACUAUUACAUAAAUCGGCGAACGUACAAUUUACUUCAAUCGUGGGUCCUGCAACACGGCUAGUGAUAGAUGGAAGCCCUCUAAAAACAAUAUAUCCGUUAUUACCGUGUCAAAGUGAUUUAGGCAUAUCAACUGCAAUCUCAACUUAUGUGGAUCAAGUCUACAUCACCGUUAUAACUCACAAAUCUCUCGAAAAUAUUGGGAAAAAAUUGCUAUGUUAUAUCGAAGAACAGAUUGAUCGAAUGCAUUCAUUGCUGGUAAAUCGUACCAUACCCGAAGACUUAGGAGAAGAUUACUUUCAAAGUCAAUUUCCUGAUAUAUCUGGGUUGCCAGCAAAAGAAUUAAAGUCUAGAAUGCAAGUUAUUCAGCAUGAAUUACAAAGGCUCAGCGAAAUGAUCUCAUACAAUGACGACGACGUUAAACGAUUUUCACAUUUCAAGUCUGAAUUUAAUCACAUUUUCAAAGAAUUACGCAGGAGAAAAUCAGUUAAAGUUAGAAGACCAUCUAAAAUCACACAGACAUUUGGGAAUUUCACAUUGGUCUGCACUUCUAGAACAAAUAUUAAAGCAAUUUUAUUUCCGUUUAAGAAUGAAAUUAACGAAGAAACAAUGUGUUCAUUUAACGAGUCAAAUAAAAAUAAAUCAAAAUUCAAACAAACGACAAACUUGGAGGACAGCGUACAAAUGUUAUUUUAUAAGAAAUAUACGUCCGCUCUAAGCACCAUCAAUACAUCAAAGGGGUCUUUUAGAGGAUGUAAUUAUUCCAACACCAAUAAAUAUAUUUAUUUAACUUUGGUUAACGAAAACUCCAAUUUAGAUAAUAGCAAUAAUAAUCGUGUGAUUUGUAACGUAGUUGAAAGGAAUGAUUGCUUAAGCACGUCGUAUAUGCCUGAAUUUUCAAGGAUGCAAAAUCAAUCGUUGUUCUACGAAUUGAGCCACAACGAACAAAUUAUUUAAAAUACUCGAUAAAAUGCAUAGGUUAGGUACCUAGCUGUGUAGUGUCUACUCCUGCUAUAUGCUGGGUUAGUUGACUUCUCUGUCAGUAGUGUUUGAAAAAUUCUUAUUAGCGGAUUGAAUGAGACGAUUUGUUGAAUUAUUUUAAAAGUAGGAUAAAGGAAUGGAUUUGAUGAAUAGCAAGAUAGGUAUGUUUUUUUUUCUUCUUAUGCAUUGUGGCAAUCAUUAUGUAUAUUAAAAGUAAGCUGUUACAUGAAAAUUAUGCCAACUUGAGAAACACCCUAGUUUAGCAAUAAUAAUUUAUAAAAUUUUGCAAUUUUUUUCAUUUAAGUUAUCUAGGUACUUAUUCAAUACUACUACAUUCAAGUAAUUCAAUUAAUGUGAUAUUAAGUAGUUACCAACAAAUAAAUUUAUGUACUCAUAAUUGUAAGGAUCAAGAAAGUAAACCAACUUACAUACCUA